UAUGGCUGAUUAUUUGCUUGUUCAGAUUUUAUCUUGCAUUUAGUAGAGUAAUUAGGAUGCUACACUAUUUAAAUUCAAAAUAGCAAGAUUUUGAUAUUCAGAAUAUCUAUGAUUAACAGCCAGUGAAGUUGUGACUUUACUGUGUGAGUGCCUCUUUAAUUAUGGAAAGAAUACAGUGUGGCGACAUUACUAUUGUUAUCGAUGACUUUGAUUCAGCCAAGACGUCAAGCAGCAAAGAGAUGAAAGUAACCCAGGAAAUCAACACACAUCAGCCAAAUGUUGCCAAGCCUUACACAAGACAGUCUUCAGAUGCGUCGAUCAAAAAAAUACUGGAAGAAGCAGAAGUUAGGAAGCAAGAGUUCUGGAAACUCAUCGACGAACACAAUGCGGUUAUAGAAAAUCUCAAGAGGAUAGAAAAAUUGGAGAGCACUUCGUGUAAGGUGACGCAACCGCCCAUCAGAACCUAACGAGGCCGAAGACUCACCAUGGUGCAAUAUUUCGUUAGUCGAUGUAUUGAGUUGAUUGUUCCAGGGCAUUUUCGCUAAUUUAUUCACAACAUUCAAUAAAAUGUUAGUUUUAUUUUUUGACGUAUACUGAUGCAAAUGGAAAAGGAUGUACACAAUGUAAGCGAUAAGUAAUAUACAAUUAUACUGUGGUUGAUACAGUACUAGAUAGGCGUUGAGCACAUUUAGAAUUUAAUUUUGUUUAUAAAAUCAUAAAGUGAUUCUGAAACUAUUACGUAAUGGUUUUUUACUUUAUCUGUUUAAGAGGGAUUUUGGUUAUUGAGAUGAAUUCGCAAAAUCCGAAAAUAUUGUAACACCAACAAUACAAUAUUUUUAAAAUCAAUAUAUUGUGUAUUUGUCAUUGCAAAAUGUCACCUGAGUACCUACAGGGUCUGUAUAUAUUUAAUUAUUUAUUAUAGACUUAAUUUGAAUGUAAUUGCACUAUAUUUUCAACAUUAACUUAAUAUUGUACUUUAUGAAUUUAUUCUAAAGAGUAAAAAAUGCUCACGACGAAGCAUUCGUAAGACUGCUUAAUUUGAUAGAACGAUAUGUAUUCUAGCAUUAAGUAUAUUUUUCUGUUUAGGCUAGUGAAAUAAAUCACUCAUUAUUGUAAGUAUUUUGACAGAUCAAAUAAAUAUUUUAGAGUAAGAA